GCACGUUCCUGGUAGGCACAAUAACUAGUGAUUAUGGCAGAACUCUGACUUUGGCGGAAACUAUGGUCUUUAUGGUAAUUGGUGUUCAAUCAGUCAGUCAGGGCAGUAAAGGGUUAAACAGGGGGUUCUCCAGCUUCUCUCGUCUUUUUGUUCAGACUGCAGAACGACAACGAACUUACUGACAUCUGCUCAACGGAUCUUCCUUUUGACUUGACACAAAAGAGAGCAGCAGUCAUGGGGAAAGGAUGCAUUGCUGCCACCAAGUACUUCCUGUUCUUGUUCAACCUCCUGUUCUUUAUUUUUGGAGCUGUAAUCAUGGGCUUUGGAUUAUGGGUCAUGCUGGAUAAUCAGAGUUUCAUCACGGUUUUACAUGAGUCCUCCACAACGCUGAAAGUUGGCGCCUACAUCUUGAUUGGGAUUGGAUCUCUGUCCAUGAUCAUGGGUUUCCUGGGCUGCAUCGGUGCCAUCUAUGAGGUCCGCUGCCUUCUUGGACUGUACUUCACCUGUCUCCUCCUCAUCCUCAUAGCCCAGGUGACGGCCGCUGUUCUCAUCUACUUCCAGCGAGACCUGCUGAAACAUGAGAUGUCCACUAUUGUGAACAAAAUUCUGGUGAACUACAGCGGUCAUAACAAGACAUCUGAGCAUGCCUGGGAUUAUCUCCAGAGAACGAUGAAGUGCUGUGGUUGGACUGGACCAUCUAACUGGACGGAGAACAUCUUGAUAAAGUCUGAAAAGAACAAUUCCCAGAAUCUGUAUCCAUGUUCCUGCAGAAAUGAAUCCAUCAGUGGCACGGAUUUGAAAGAAACAGGCUUGUGUCCUUCUUUGUCCUCUGAGUGGCCUGUCUUCACUACGGGUUGUAUAUCUAGUGUGGAGGACUGGUUCCUGAGGAACUGUGGAGUCAUUCUGGGAGUCUGUGUUGGAAUAGCAGUGAUUGAGCUUUUAGGGAUGAUCCUAUCCAUGUGUCUGUGCAAGACCGUCCAACAGGAGGAUUACACCAAAGUACCUAAAUACUGAGAGCAACGCCCCCUUCAGUGACUCAGUGUUACAGCCUCUGCACACCAGCAGAACAACUGGAACAAAACAGACCAGACACCAUCUGGUCACACACACAUACACUUUUUUCACUUUAUUAUCCCCUUUAAACAUUGAAACAUCACCCUGUUUGGGAUCAACAGUUUUCGAUUGUUGUAUCUCUUUGUUUUAAAGAAACUAGUGUUAUAUAGAUGGAUCUUUUUCUUGUUCGUGCUCUGCAGGGUCUGAAUAGCUUUAUAUAUUUGAUCUCUCACUCUUGCGUAGUUAUACUGUACGCUGACUGGUUUUCAUCGUUAGUUAAAUCUGAGAGCACUUUAGUGAAUAGAGAGUUGGGAAAGAGCUUUUAGCUAAAUAUUUGUAUAAAACGGAGGGGAAAAUCUACACCUGUUUUAUCAAAAAAAAAAUGUUUUUGUAUGACAAUUGUGUACUUUCAGUUCACUUAUGUAUAUAUCAAUACUUCAAUGAGGUUUGUUCUUAGUGAGUAACUACAUCCUAGUUAUCGCAGCACUUAAUGAUGGCUUUUCCAUGUUAUUAGCCGGGUUGGGUCACUCAGGGUGGAGGCAGGUGCGGUAUGGAUAAAGAUGGCUGCGGUUGAGGAAUGGUAGCGCAGAUGACAAGACUGAAGUCUAGAACGGCGUAAUGUAGUGUUUCUUGUGGUUUACAUGCGAGUCGACCUACAUCGCUCUGUGGAUCAGGGUGUGGAUGUGGGUUUAGUUUGUGCGCGUAUCCCACAGUUCCUUACGCUGUGCUGGUGUGGGUGAAAACAGCUGUGCAUGAGUGUCGAUAACAGAUCCUGCUGACUAGCUUCAGCUGUAGGCUGCGGGACCAGAGCAAAAUCCACAGAUGUGACAUCUGUCUUCCUGUUACUGACCCUAUUUCAGCUGAACCAAAAGUUGUGUAAGGCUUUGCGUUUCUACUUUUUAAUAUUUUUGUUUAUGGUUUUAUUACUUCGCGUGAAGCUGAUGUGAAGUGUUAGUCCAGAACAGAAGCAAAAGAAGCUUCCUCUGAGAAGGUAAGAGCAAGGAAUGACCCGGCCGCUGUCCGUAAGGACAUUUUUCAAACACUCUGUUGCUUUUUGACAAAGAAGUCUUUUUGUUUCCUAGAUCAGUCCUUUACAGUAAACUGCCGGUUGUAUUGUAAUGUGAUAGACCUAGAAGAGAGAGAAAUUAGUCAUGUAUCUUUAUGAUUUUAAAGAUUUCAAGAUCUAAUAAUACUUUUUUUUUUUUUUUUUGUCAAAUGUUUUUGUAUCUCAUCUAGAACUCUAGUUUAGAUAUUUAAGAGCUUUUUUUUUUUUUUUUUUUUUUUUUUUUUAACUGAAAACAUGUUGUAUGGAAGCUUGUGACUUUUUAUCUCACAAUUCUGGCUUUUUUUUCUCAGAACUGCGAGAUAUAAACUUGCAAUUUUGAGAAAUAGUCACUUUUUUUCUCGCAGUUGCAAGUUAGUCUCGCAAUUGUGACUUUCUUUUCUCAAAACUGCAAGAUGUAAACUUGCAAUUGUGAGAAAAUAUCACUUUUUUUCUCAGAAUUGGACUUUAUAACUCACAAUUGCAAGUUUAUAUCUCACAAUUUUGACUUUUUUUUCUCACAAUUGUCAGUUUAUAUCUCGCAAUUGCAAGAAAAAUAGAAUUAUGAGUUAAAAAAGUCACAAUUACCUUUUGUAUUUUUUUUGUAUUACUCCGUGGCGGAAACAAGCUUCCAUAACAUUGGGAUAAUUUUGUAUUUCUUAGGUAAAGUGAAGGGCUUUUUCUACUUUCUUGUACAAAAUUUUAUGUUUAACUGGGAAGCCAUGUUUAUGUAGAGUGUUUUACCAGCUGAUUCAGUAGUACAAAACAUGUCUAUGCAAAUAGUUAAGACUUUGAUUAAAAGAAAACCUUGAUACAA